CCUGCAGCAAGCAGUACAACACUAGCAAAGAUCGACCUAUCGAGAGCAAAGGUAGCUAGCUUCUAAGGAGACUAAGAGUUAGAAGAAAGAUGGCGGCGGGAGGCGUGUGGGUGUUCAACAACGGGGUGAUGGAGCUGGAGCAGGAGGCGACGAGCCGGAAGGCGCUGGUGUACAUGCCGGCGAACGAGACGAUGAGGUCGCUGGAGGCGCUGGAGCGGCGGCUGGGGUCGCUGGGGUGGGAGCGCUACUACGAGGACCGCGCCAUCGUGCAGCUCCACAAGCGCGGCGGUGUCGACCUCAUCUCCCUUCCCCGGGACUUCUCCCGGCUCCGCUCCACCCACAUGUAUGAUGUCGUCGUCAAGAACCGCGACCACUUCAAGGUCGUGGACCUCUAGACGUGCAUAUGCUCGCCUAAGCUUUCCCAACUAAACUAGGUAUAUAUCCAUACAUACAUAUUAUUAUCUCCGUCUCAAAAUAUAAGAUGUUUAUAAAAACGUCUUAUAUUUUAAGAUGAAGGUAGUACGAAUAAACGCGGUUUGUGAUGAUGUGUUUGUGUGAUGUUACUGUGUACACGUACCUACGGUUCGUGGAGAUAUAUACUAUGUCUAUAUGAUUGUAAGAAUAUGAAAAUGUAGCUUUGAAAAA